UAUCAGCAUUACAAAACACUUCAUACCUUGAAACAUCCUCUUCUUAAUCGCUACUGCGUACGAGCCAAGACUGCAAUUACAACGAAAUCUCUGCAAAAUCCUGUUACACAAUGGCAGCUGUUGCUCCAGUUGAGUCAACUGCUGAAGCAGAGCCACUGAUCCGACCACCCUACGCCCCAUCACUUCUGACUGCUGUCGAGGCUUUCCAGAUCUCUCCCGAAAGAUUUGAUCUCGAGCAAUUACGUAGCUCUGCUGGUCCGUUUUCCCCAAAGCCGAUUCUCCAGGCCAUGCCAGACAUUGAACAUGUCGAACACAGCGUGCCUGGCCUAAACAAGAACGACCCACCUGUGACACUCUCAGUGUUUAGGAGCAAAAGCUCCUCUAAUACUAAGCGUGCUGGUGUUUAUAGCAUCCAUGGAGGCGCGCAGAUUGCAUGCACACGGGGUACAGCCUUGGAUUUUCUGAUGGGCUUGUUCAUUGGCAUCGACACCGUCUUCAUUGCUCCCGAGUACCGCCUGUCGCCAGAGCACCCAGCGCCGGCCGCGCUACACGACUCAUAUGCAGGACUCCUAUGGGCAGUUGAGCACGCCGAUGAACUAGGUCUUGAUCCGUCUCGUAUUAUUAUCCACGGUAACUCUGGUGGAGCACCCAUAGCCUGCGGUAUGGCUAUGAUGUGCCGCGACGACAAGAAAGUAAACCCACUGGCGCUGGUGCUGUUUUCUCCCAUGCUGGACGACCGCGACUGCACGACUUCAUCCAAGCAGUUUGCCCAUGAUGGACCUUGGUGUGGUACGAUAAAUCGUAUGGCCUGGGACAUGGUGCUGGGGGAUAAGCGUGGUGGGUCUGAGGUCAGCGAGCUAGUAGCACCAGCACGAGCGACGGAUUUGCGAGGUAUGCCACAGACUUUCAUAGAUGUUGGCGACAGUGAAAUUUUCCGUGAUGAGUCAGUGGCAUUUGCUUCACAAUUAUGGAAGUCCGGCGUCCAAUGCGAACUUCAUGUUUGGCCUGGCGGCUUCCACGGGUUUGACAUCUUAUCGUCAUAUACACAGUUGGCGCGCAAUGCUGCAAACGCCAAAGCAGCAUGGGUGCAAAGAAUCUUUAGCUCCUAAAAUAGAGAUGAUCUAUUAUAGUAUCUUGUGUAUCUUGUUGAUAAGU